AUGCAGGGUGUCCCCAGGACAUGGGGACACUCGGGACAGGGGACCCGCGUGUCACGGUCCGACGUCCCCGUGUCCCGCAGGAGGUUCUACAAGGACAUGCCCCACAACGCGCUGGACAAGAAAUCCAACUUCGAGUUCCUGGAGAAGGAGGUGGGGCUGGACCUGUUCUUCCCCAGCCAGAUGCAGGAGAACCUGAAGCCGCGGCAGCUGCGUCGGAUGAUCCAGCAGACGUUCCAGCAGUUUGCGCAGCUGCGCGAGGACGAGUGCGUCCUGAAAUUCCUGAUGACCCUCAGCGCCUGCGCCCCCAUCGAGCAGGAGAGCUUCCGCUGCCAGCUCGCCCAAGGGUGGAACAUCACGGUGGAUCUGGUCAUCGGCCCCAAGGGCAUCCGCCAGCUCACCGCCAAGGACUCCAAGCCCACCUGCCUGGCGGAAUUCCGGGAUAUCCGAUCCAUCCGCUGCUCGGCGGCCGAGGACGGGCAGGCGCUGCUGCAGCUGGCGCUCAGCGGGAACCCCCAGUCGCUGGCGAUCCGGACGUCGUCGCUGGCGGAGGCGGAGAACAUGGCCGACCUCAUCGACGGCUACUGCCGGCUCCAGGGGGACUCCGAGACGUCGCUGAUCGCGUUCCCGAGGAAAGACCGGGAGAAGCGGAUCAGCCUCCCGCAGAUCCCGGCCCCGAAUCUGGGAGAGAGGAAUUCCAGCGUUUCCCACAGCGCCAGCGGCGAUUCCGAGAUCUACGCCGAGAUCCUGGACGAGUCCUCGCGGCCCAGAUCCGGAGCCCAACCCUUCGGAAUCUCCCGCGACGCCGUCGCCCUGGGCCGCAUCCUGGGAGAAGGAUUCUUCGGAGAGGUUUUCCAGGGAAUCUACACCGCUCCCGGACCAUUUCCAUGCAGGAUUUGGGGGGGCCGGACUCCCCAAACUCUUUUCCCGAGGUUUGGGAUGCAUCCUUGCAUCCCGGAGGAGCACCGGAUCCUCCGGAGCUCUCCUCCCGCUGAGCUUCCCGAUCCCGCUUUUCCCGCUUCCCGUUUUCCCGCAGAUUCCGAGAUCUACGCCGAGAUCCUGGACGAGUCCUCGCGGCCCAGAUCCGGAGCCCAACCCUUCGGAAUCUCCCGCGACGCCGUCGCCCUGGGCCGCAUCCUGGGAGAAGGAUUCUUCGGAGAGGUUUUCCAGGGAAUCUACACCGCUCCCGGCGGGGAGCGCGUGGACGUGGCCGUCAAGACCUGCAAGAAGGAUUGCAGCCCGGAAAACCGGGAGAAAUUCCUCAGCGAAGCCGUGCUGAUGAAGAAGCUGGACCACCCCCACAUCGUCAAACUCAUCGGCAUCACCGAGGACGAGCCCACCUGGAUCGUCAUGGAGCUCUAUCCCUACGGAGAGCUGGGGCAGUUUCUGGAGCGUCGUCGGGCGGAGCUGGCGGUGCCCAGGCUGGUGCUGUACGCGCUGCAGGUGGGGAAGGCCCUGGCCUACCUGGAGGCGCUCAGCUGCGUCCAUCGGGACAUCGCCGUGCGGAACGUCCUGGUGGCCUCCCCGGAAUGCGUCAAGCUGGGAGACUUCGGCCUCUCCCGCUACAUCGAGGACGAGGAGUACUACAAAGCUUCCGUCAGCCGCCUUCCCAUCAAGUGGAUGGCGCCGGAAUCCAUCAACUUCCGACGCUUCACCACCGCCAGCGACGUCUGGAUGUUCGCCGUGUGCGUGUGGGAGAUCCUGAGUUUCGGGAAGCAGCCGUUCUUCUGGCUGGAAAACCGGGAUGUGAUCGGAGUCCUGGAAAAGGGGGACCGGCUCCCCAAGCCCGAGCGCUGCCCGCCCCCGCUCUACGCGCUCCUGACGCGCUGCUGGGACUACGAUCCCGGGGAACGGCCCAGGUUCCAGGAGCUGGUCUGCAGCCUCAGCGACAUUUACCUGAUGGAGAAGGAGCUGGCCCAGGAGCAGGAGAGGAACAACCGGCACCGCGCUCCCAAAAUCCUGGAGCCGCCGACAUUCCAGGAGCCGCCUCCCAAGCCCAGCAGGCCCCUGUACAAGCCGCCAUCCCAGAAUAAUCUCCUGGCUCCCAAGCUGCAGUUCCAGGUUCCGGAGGGGCUCUGCGCCAGCUCUCCCACCCUCGCCAGUCCCGCCGAGUACCAGACUCCGGCAAAUUCCCGGCGCUCUCCUCCUCCUCCCGGCCGCCACAGCGCCUUCAAGCGCCGCAGCGUGAGGGAGGAGGAUUUCCAGCGGCCGCGGAGCCGGGAGGAGGCGCAGGAGCUGCUGGAGCUGGAGCGGCUGCGGGUGGAGCGCGCCAUGGAGCGCCAGCAGCGCCAGAUGCUGGAGGACGAGCGCUGGCUGCGACAGGAGGUCCAGAGCCUGGAUCCCAAGGUUUUCCUGACCAACAACAUUCCUCCGCUGCUCCCAGAGAAGGAGACGGAUUACACGCAAUUCACGGGGCCCCCCCAGAAACCUCCGCGGCUCGGAGCUCAGCCCGCGGCGCAGCCGGAGCGCCGGGAUGAUCCGGUUUACGGGAACGUCACGGAUCUGGUGCGGGCCGUGCUGCGGCUGAAGAACGAGAUCGGCCUGGUGCCUCCCGACGGAUACAUCCUGGUGGUCAAGGACAUCGGCCUUUCCCUACGGAAACUCAUCGGGAGCGUCGACGAGAUCCUUCCCGACCUCCCGCCCUCUUCCCGCACCGAGAUCGAGGGCACCCAGAAGCUGCUGAACAAGGACUUGGCCAACCUGAUCGGGAAGAUGCGGCUGGCGCAGCAGAAUUCCGGCACUUCCCUCCGCUCGGAAUUCCAGCGGCAGAUGCUGACGGCCUCCCACGCCCUGGCCGUGGACGCCAAGAACCUUCUGGAUUCCGUGGAUCAGGCCAAGCUCCGGGCCAAUCCCGGCUCGGAAUGACGGAGGGAAGGCGGGAAAAGACAGGCGGAGACGGAAGAAAAGCCGGGGCGGAUCCGGGAGGAUCCGGGAGGAUCCGCUGUCGUUUUUUUCCCCCUCUUCCCGCUUUUUUUUUUGUUGUUGUUGUUCCCUGCUGCUCGCGUCUGUCGGUGUCGCCUUGCUCUUGGGGGGAGGCGUCCGUCUGUCCGUCCGGGUGUCCGUCCGGGGGGGUUUUCCCGGGAAAAGAAGUGGUUUUCCUGGGAAAAGAGAGGGCUUUUCCUGGGAAAAGAAGGGGUUUUCCCAGGAAAAAGAAAAAGAAGUUUUCCUGGAAAAAGAAGGGGUUUUCCCGGGAAAAAGAGAGGGGUUUUCCUGGGAAAAGAGGGGGGUUUUCCUGGGAAAAGGAAGGAGUUUUCUCGGGAAAAAGAAGGAGUUUUCCCAGGAAAAGGAAGGGGUUUUCCCAGGGGAAAAAGAGAGGGGUUUUUCCAGGAAAAAGGAAGGAGUU